AUGCUUCGCCCUCUCGGGCGCCGGCCGUGGACAUGCCGCAAAUGUCUUUUGCAGCUACAGUCACGAACAUUCGAAAGCGCCGCAUACCCUGCUCCCCGAGCCCACGUCGAUUAUGUCCCGGCAGACAAUAGCGCACCGAAGAAGAAUGCCGAUGACGAUACCUUGCGACGCGUUUUCGACUCCCAGCCGUUCUGGAAAGAGUUUUCGCACCAGCGCAGCUCCACCGUUCCAAAGCGGGCCGGAUUAGUUCAGAAUCAAUACUUGACAAGCCCGGAUGGCUUUAGGGCGUUUGCGAACGUGUCGCUGCAGAAAUGUCAGGCAAUCGUGGCCAAGGUUCUGCAAGCUUCUACUCUAGACGAGUACCGGGCAUUGGCGCGGAACCUGGAUCGGCUCAGUGAUCUUCUGUGUCGUGUCAUUGAUCUCUCAGACUUCAUUCGAACGAUUCACCCCGAUCCGAAAAUCCAAGAAGCUGCGACGCAGGCGUACGCGCUUAUGUUCGAGUAUAUGAAUGUUUUGAAUACAACGACGGGCCUUCACGAGCAACUCGGCAAAGCUAUGGCCAACCCCGAAGUGACAUCGUCCUGGACCGAGGCGGAGACGAUCGUGGCCGAGAUUCUCAUGAAGGACUUCACCAACUCCGCAAUCCAUAUGCCAACAGAUGAGAGACAACGGUUCGUGAAUCUCUCGAACGAUAUCAGCCAAGUUGGCUCCAACUUCUUCAACGGCGCCGAACCGGCCAAAUCCCAACUGGUCUUCAACUCGAACAGUCUCCAGGGAUUGGAUCCCAUGGUGGUUCAGAAAAUAAAGAGAUGGAAUAACAAAGCGCCGGUGCCCACGAUGGGCAUUGUUCCCCGACUUGUGCUCCGGUCUGUACAGGACGAGUCGGUCCGGAGAGACGUGUAUCUUGCUAGUCGGACUUCAAGCUCACGGCAAAUCCACCGUCUCGAGAAGCUUUUGAUGAAGCGAUCUGAGCUGGCAAAGCUGUCUGGAUUCAACAACUUUGCUGACAUGACACUGAGCGAUAAGAUGGCCAAGACGCCGGAGUCGGUGUCGAAUUUCCUGACCUCGCUCAUCUCAAGCAACCGAGGGCCUGUGAGUGAAGAGCUUGCCCAGUUACAACAAAUGAAGGGCAGUUCGCUGCUUCAACCAUGGGAUCAUGCCUACUAUGUUCACAAGCGUGUGCUGGAGUAUUCCCAGUCUCGUCGUUCUCGUGAAUUGAGUGCCGUUCCCGAGUUUUUCUCGCUAGGAACGGUUAUGCAAGGCCUCUCUCGGCUGUUCGAUCGUCUGUACGGCGUACGUCUUGUGCCUCAGGAAGCGUCUCCUGGUGAGACUUGGCACCCCGACGUGCGUCGCCUGGACGUAGUGAAUGAGGCUGAGCAGCAUAUCGCCGUAGUCUACUGUGAUCUAUUCUCGCGACCGGAAAAGCACCCCAACCCAGCCCACUUCACUCUACGCUGCUCGCGUGAGAUCUUGCCCGACGAGAUUGCGGAGUGUGCCUCGAUGGACCAGUCCGCCCACCCGAACGAUGGCAUGGCAACCGCUGUGGAUCCUCGGACGAAGACCCUGCGCCAGCUGCCGACGAUUGCUCUCGUUUGCGAUUUCCAAGAGCCUGCGUCGAACGGCUCGGGCCGCCCAACACUCUUGAGCGAACAGAGCGUGCGCACCUUGUUCCACGAGAUGGGUCACGCUGUCCACUCCAUUCUGGGCCAGACGCCUCUCCAGUCCAUUUCUGGAACGCGCUGCGCGACUGACUUCGCCGAGCUCCCCUCGGUGUUAAUGGAAAGCUUUGCCACUGCACCUGAAGUGCUCUCCCUAUACGCUAGACACUGGCAGACAGGCGAACCUUUGUCCGAGAGCAUGAUGCGCAGCAUGGAGAUGGAUCGGAACGCUCACGGCUCUAUCUACGGCGCUGUUGAGAACGAGGCCCAAAUUCUCAUGGCUCUCGUUGACCAGGCCUACCACUCCAUUCCCUGCGAUGAUGCAAUCAAGGGCGUUGACACCACCGAGAUCUACCACCGAGUCUUCUCCCAAUAUUCUAGCUUGCCUGACCCGGACAAUAUUCGGCCGCGGACUUCAUGGCAGGGCUUCUUUGGACAUUUGUACGGUUACGGAGCCACAUACUACAGCUAUAUCUUUGAUCGAGCAAUCGCCAACAAGCUCUGGCAGGAUGUGUUCGACUCUGGAAAGUCAGCUGUGGACCGCGCCGCCGGUGAGCGUUACAAGAACGAAGUCCUCAGCUGGGGCGGUGGACGCAACGGCUGGCAAUGCGUGGCGGGCGUUCUAGGAGAUAAGAAUCCCUCGAACGCCAAUGGUCGGCUGGUCGAAGGUGGUGACGAAGCCAUGCGCGAGGUUGGUCGCUGGGGUUUGGGACGCGAAGGCAUCUCAGGAUAA